CAGCAAUUAAGUAGUUGACACUAGUAAAUCUUAGAUAUACAUAUUUUUGUUGCCAUAAUGAAGCAUGCAAAAGAAUGCUACUGUAAUGCAUCAUAUGGAAAUUUCAAAUCCUAAUGUUCUGUCCAGAUUUUCAGGUUUCAUUUGGUAUUGCAAGCGUAUAAUUAAACUUCCAGAUUGCAAUAAGAUGCAUAUACUCCGAGGCGAUGCAGCAUCACUCAAUGAUUCCUUCUUUCGGUAAGUAAACGAAAACUUGAGAUCACAUAAAUAUAAUGAGCGGGUGCUAUACCUCAUUGUUGAUUAAUAUUCUAUUACUUACUGGAUAAUGAGGUUUCCACUUGUUCUAUAUGCCGCGAUGGUGGCUGCAGUUUGUGCUGCUCCCCUAAAAACUCCCAAUAGACCAACUGAUGAUCCAUUUUAUAGACCCCCCGAAGGAUUUGAAAAAGCAGAACUGGGAGAAAUACUACGAUUCCGGAAAAUGGAGAACCCAUAUGGAGCAUUAUAUAUGACAGCAAAUGUUUCAGCAACAUACCAAUACUUAGUUAAAUCCGAAAAUAGUCAUGGUACACCUAUCGGAAUUAUAUCAACACUACUUGUACCAUACGAUGCAGAUCCAAAAAAGCUCUUAUCCUUCCAAAUAGCCGAGGACUCUACAUACGAAAAUUGCGCUCCCCUGUAUGCAUUACAGGUAGGUUCUGCCCCUGCCACGAUCAUAACUGCACAAAUGGAGUUUUACUUUAUACAAGCAGCUUUAAACAAAGGAUGGUAUGUGGUUGUUCCUGAUUAUCUUGGGCCAAACUCAACAAAUACUGCAGGGCACUUGGCUGGUAAGGCAGUUUUAAACUCGAUCAGGGGUGUUUUGAGCAAUGGUAAUUCAACUGGUAUCGAUAAUGAAGCGGAUGUUGCACUCUGGGGAUAUUCGGGAGGCUCUGUGGGUACCGGAUGGGGUGCACAAAUGCACCCAACUUAUGCACCCGAACUUAAUCUCAUAGGCGCAGCUUAUGGGGGUGUUCUUGUCAAUGCAACGAGUGCAGCAGUUUAUAACAUGGGAAAAGUUUCAGCGGGUCUUCUGUUCACAACAUUGAACGGAUUAGGAAAUGAAUAUCCACAGUUAAAUGAAUGGAUUGAACAAAAAGUGUUUCCUAACAAACUUGAAGCAUUCAGGAAAACUAACCGUGCUUGUCUAAUCCAGUAUUUACCUAGUUACAUAUUAGCAAAGUGGGAGGAUUACUUCAUGGAAGGCGAGCUGGUGAUAUAUGACGAAGUAUUUCAAAAUGUAACAAACAUGAACAACAUGUUGUUAAAUGGGAUGCUACCAGAUAUCCCAAUUUACUUGUACAAUUCUAAAUAUGAUGAAUUACUUGUUACUGCAGAUACCGAUAAGUUGUAUGAGCAUUUCUGCUCUUCUGGAGUAAGUGUGGAAUAUCAUCAAGAAGUUCUCUCGGAGCACAUGAUGACAUUUGUUACCGGAGGCGGUGGAGCUUUUGAAUGGUUAGUAUCAAAAUUCAAUGGUACUGAAGCUCCCCUGGGAUGUACCAGGAAACUGACAUUAAGCGGGCUCCUAAAUAAAGUAAGCAUGGCAGGAAUCUCCGAUAUGCUGCUGCAUUUUGUUUCCACUCUUUGGUAUAAUAAACCCGUUGGACCAAGUCAGCAAUAAUUUAUAUGUAUAUAGAAAUAUCGAAAUUACUUGACUCGUAUAUCUUUAAAUUUCUUUCAA